GAAAGCGAGGUCUUGAUUACUGCAGAAAAUUCGCAAAAAGCUUCGUUUUGUACAUCUCUUAACAGCUUUCUAUCUCGGGAUUCCUGAGACCAUUUUUGUUCCGUAUUGGUACGGCAUUGCUUUGCUAAGAGCUUCAAUUCUUUCAUUUUAAAGAGAGCAGCACAAGAAGGAAGUCGUUGCCAUGGAAUUCUUCGCCUGGGUUCCACUAGUAAUUAACAAAUGCUUUCCAUGGCUGAUGGAUCUUUGGGAAGCUUGGAGCAUCCAAUUACUAGUACUCACUGGCCUCAUGUUUCAAAUCACUCUGGCCAUCUUUGGCGGGGGGAGGAGGUACAUGACUGGACCAUUGAUAAGGUUUGUUGUAUGGUCCUCCUACUUGCUUGCCACAUAUGUCGCCGCCCUAGCUCUCGGCAAGCUCACGGUAAUCCGUGUCCGUGAUCCGGAAAAACCUGACUAUGACACAGAGCUGAAGGCACUGUUGGCACCAUUGCUUCUGAUGCAGCUUGGGUACCCAGACAGCAUAACCGCAUACUCAGUCGAAGACAACCGGCUCGGGAUAAGACAAGUGCUAAACUUUGUCUUCACCUUAGCUUUCGUGGUUUUGAUUCUUAUCCGUUGCUGGAACAUCUCUGCUGCUGCUUCAUUGUACUUCCCCAUCUUUGUCUCUGGGAUGAUCAAGUAUGGAGAAACCAUCUGGGCUCUCAAAUCGGUGUACAGCGAAAACAUGAGCAUAACCUUGGAGGACAUUGAUGAAGAAAAGAACAUCCCCAAAUUGUUGCGAGAACUACCAACCGACAUCCCAGACUUAGAUAUCUUCGUGAAGGCUUAUUAUCGGUUCGACACUUUGAAGCCCCACCUUGAGAACUGGCUCUACCACCCCAUGCUCAUGUCACGCCCUUGGAUGUCAAUAGAAAAAUACAAUGUGGAGAAAGCCUAUUUGACAACUUCAAUUGAGCUAGGAUUUAUGUACGACGUCCUCUAUACUAAGGGUCCAGUUCUUUAUACUAAGCUUGGCAUCACAUUGCGGUCCAUUAGUUUCGUCUGUUUGGUAUCGACCUUAAGUGGGUUUGCAGGAAUUUUUCAAGAUUCUUUCCUGCUUGACAUUUAUGUGGCCUAUACAUAUGCACUGCUGAUCGGGGUGACAUUCUUGGAAAUAUACCAAAUCCUGGCUCUGCCAUUUUCAGAUUGGGCAAUAGUGAAGAUGGUUGAGCACCACAGGAAGCCGUUGGUAAAAACUCUUCUACCUUUUCUCGUGAAAAUGUCCAUGGAAAGGAAAAGAUCCUCCGGUAUGAUCGGGCAGUUCAAUAUGUUAGACUAUGGCCUGCAUGAUAAAUGGUUGAAGUUCAUCAAAAUCCCUGAAUUUGUUGGCCAGGAGGAGCAGUUGAGGAGAUAUUUGAAAUCCACUCUCAAAGCAAUCGAUAUGGAUUUGAAAGAACUGCUCCUCGAAGGCAUGAAGGAUUUGGAGAGAAAAAGAGGUCUAAAACCCUUCACUAGUAGAGGCCAAUGGACGCUCGAGUCAUUCCAUGAACUACAAUGGAGCAUCGAGACAGCAUUCGACAGAAGCAUCAUUAUAUGGCACAUGGCAACAGACAUUUGCUAUCACUCGAAAUUUCGGGAGUCAGAGAAUUGCUCGGGGAGUAAGCUACUGUCAGAUUACAUGAUGUACCUCCUCGCAAUACGGCCUUACGUAUUGUCGAUCCCCACCAAUGAGAUCACCUUUGAGCAUGCUUACUCCGAGGUCAAGAAAUUUCUGGCGGUUUCAAACUUGGGCGACAGGGACAAAGCAUUGGGUAAGUUAUCACCAUCACCGGUGCAAGAAAAUGACUUGGAACUUGGCGUGGGCCAUAUAUUCUUCAAAGAGUGGCAUGUCCUUGAGGAGGCACGAAGACUCGCAGGUCUGCUGAAUAAGAUGGAGGAUCCUUGGAAGCUUAUAAGCAGCGUUUGGGUGGAGAUGGUGUGUUACACAGCAUAUAAUUGCCAGAUUUAUAACCACACGAAGCUGUUGAGGCGAGGUGGAGACAUUCUAACCCAUGUGUGGCUUCUGCUAGCUCACAAGACAGACAAGUUUAAUUCUAUGAAAAGCACAACCUAAGAGAUUGGAGUUUAAGCAGGGGUGUCCAAUAAUCAGCGGGAGCAAUCACAGUUCAUUUGACGUUCCUAAUAAUAGAGACUCAGUUCUCAUCAUUCAAAUAAUUAUGCUUGAUCUCCUUCAUUCAUCAUUUCUAUUUUUCUUCUCCUAAUUGUAUCCUACCUACAGGGGACUGCAGCCAGCGAUUUGGUGUGUUCGCUCAGUCAGUCCAUAUUCUUUACAUUGAAGUUUAAUUUGAAUUUAAAGAUCAUUUCUUUUGUGUCUCA